AUGGCCGACUCCGACGAGACCGCUAUCGACGCAGGGGCGGGAAUGGACGUUCAGUUUGGCCCAUCAACCUCCUUCCUCGCGGCGGGCAAGGUGUUGGCAACACGGCUGACGCUGAACAAGAGGCAGUCCAUCGCUUUUCUGAUAAUAUGCCGCCAGCUCGAUUUGAUGCAGCAGACCGACGGGGGCGAUGCCUGCCAGCUGCGCCAGUUCGCGGAGCGGUUCAUCCACGGCCAGUCUCGAAUGGAUUGGCAGGAGAAGGAUGUGCUCGUCAUCGACGAGGUGAGCAUGCUCGGGGCGCGGACGCUGCACGCCGUGAACGAGCGGCUUCGCCGGCUUCGCGGAUCGCGGCAAGAUUUCGGGGGGAUCCCCAUCGUCCUCUUCUGCGGAGAUUUUCAGCAGUUCCGGCCGGUCCAAGAGAGGUCGAUCGUCCUGCCUAGCGCGGCCAUCUCGUGGGACGUAGACAACUCGUUCAAGGCCGAGCAGCGUCACCAGCACGACAAAGCGCACGCACUGUGGAAGAGGUUCACGACGGUCGUCAUGCUGGACGAGCAGAUGCGCGCCGCCGGCGACCCGGAGCUGCAGAGGCUGCUGAAGCGGAUCCGUCUAGGCGUGCAGGAUCGGACGGAUCUAAACCUCCUCAACUCAAGGAAUCGGUGGAACCUGAACAUGGAGGCGAGCCUGGCGUUCCGGGUCCAGCAGCGGUCGACGAUGCGCAUUUUCAUCUCCGAGCACAAGUGGAAGGAGGAGCUGCCGACGGAGGAAGAGGCGAUCAUGAUACUCAACCAGGGCGACGAUAGCGCGAUCCCGGUGCCGGCCGUCUUCAUGUUCGUGGCCGGGAUGCCCAUCGUCGUGAACCACAACACCCACCAGGGGCUGAAGCUAGUGAACGGCGCGAGCUACUCGGCGGUGGAGGUCAUUGUCGACAAGGCGGCAAAACGCUGGAGCGCGUGGCCCUCGAGCUGCGAGGACACGGACGACGAAGAUGGAUGGAACGGUGGUGCCUCGCAGUGCGACCCGUACGGCCUGUACGUGCAGCUAUCGCGCUGCCGAACUCUAGACGGCAUCAUGCUCGUGUCCAAGGUGCGGGACAGAGACUUGGUGGGCAACCGGGUCCCCGAGGAGAUGACUGCCGCACAGGCCAGGCUCGAGGUACUGAGCGAGAGGACCGUUGAGGAGGCGUUGCGCUGGCUGGACGGUGAUGCUGAAGAGUCAAGGCGGCCGGGCUAG